UCUUCUUUCUACCCUUUUACUGCGGAUAUUAUUAACUAACCGUCGCUGCUCCCCUCAGAUCCCGACCAAACGCCGCCGCUCUUGUCCAAAUCACCGCCGACUGACGCCCUCCAUCCGGUUCAACAACCAACCUAUAACCGGCCGGCUAUUUUGAAAAGGGUUCAAAGGUGUUCAACGGUGACUCUCGAAUAAUGGAACUCAUUCACGGGACGCAUAAAGCAUCCAAGUUUGCAUCACAAGAUUUUAUUACCAACUUGCCUGAUAACGUGGUAACAAACAUCCUCGAUCGAUUGCUGUUACGGGAUGCGGUGAGGACUAGUAUCUUGUCGAAAAGCUGGAGAUUUAAGUGGACUAUGCUUAGCCAACUCGUAAUUGAUCCUAACUUCUUUGGGUAUUUAUCAGUAACAAAAUACAGAAAUCAUCAUGUGAGAAUUAUAAAUAGGAUUCUUCUUCAUCUUAGAGGUGCAAUUACAAAGUUUUUCCUCUCUAUAGACGAGGUAAUUGAUAUUGAAGAUAUUAAUCACUGGAUUUUGUUCUUGUCGAGAAAAGGAAUUAAGGACCUCACUAUUAGGAAUUCGUAUGCAACACCACUCAAGUUGCAUGCCCAUCUUUUCUCUUGUUUAGAGUUGAAACAUUUGUCACUUUCGAACUGUUAUUUCAAUCCUCCACCUACUUUUUAUGGUUUUCCAAACCUCUUGAGCUUAAACUUGUCUGUGGUAUUUGAAGAAAACACCAAACUUGGGCCAUUUUUUACUGGGUGUCCUUUGCUUGAGAGUUUGACCAUCAAUGAUCGCCGUAAAGUAGGCAAAGUAAAACUAGUUGAGAUUGCAAAACUCGAAAAUCUCAAAAUAUUACUUUUGCGAUUGUAUGAUCUUGACAUUAAGAUGAUCAAAAGUUCCAGUACUAUCUUUGAGCUUCUGGGUUCUCUUCCAAAACUUCUAGAUCUUCAUUUGAAUUUUCAAGACUGCCAUUUGACAGAAAGUGAUGCUAAAAAGAGGUUCUCUACUGCGUUUCCCAGCCUCAAGGCUCUUAGAUUAUCUAAAAUAUGUUUAGAUGACGGUAAUAUGUUAUCAUGUGCUUUUGAUAUGAUUAGGAGCUUCCCGAAUCUGCAGACUCUCGUAAUCACAGCAUGUGACCAGUGGUAUGCUGGUCCGCCUGCACCUGUAGAAGACUACAAUACAGCGGGGCUGUUGCAGCUUCGAAGUGUGGUAUUUCACUAUAUGAAAGGUUCAGAGAAUGAAGUAUGUUUCUUAAGGUAUUUGCUAGCGUGUUCCCCUUUCCUCAAACAGAUCGUUAUUCAUCACCACUGGUACAUUAAGAUUUCGUCGGAUGAAAAGUUGACGUUUGCUAGGAAGCUGUUGAUGCUCCAUCGAGCCUCACCCGUAGCUGAAAUCGAGUUCUUAUAGUUUUAGUUGUUUUGAAUUUUCUAUAUAUUUGAUGCUCUAAAUAGCGGCAAUGAGAAAUGAAAGACGUUUUUGUUAUUCUGCUAUGAAUUAUGGUGACGUUUUGUUUCAUACUUUGGAAUGUAUCACAAUGAAUAGGAGAUUGAUAGUUAAGGUU